AUGGCAGAGAAGGGCAUGGAUCCCGCCUGCGUCUCCAUCGCCCUGGAGGACACGGUGUGCCACGCCAGCCCCCCGGAUGCCCCGCUGCUCACCACCCACCUGAAGAAGGUGGAGAACCACAUCACGGAGGCCCAGAGGUUCUCCCACCUCCCGAAGCGCUCGGCCGUCAACAUCGAGUUCAUCGACCUGUCCUACUCCGUGCGCGAGGGCUCCUGGUGGAGGAAGAGAGGGUACAAAACUCUCCUCAAAUGCCUGUCAGGGAAGUUCUGCCAGCGGGAGCUCAUCGGGAUCAUGGGGCCCUCGGGCGCCGGCAAGUCCACGCUGAUGAACAUCCUGGCUGGCUACAGGGAGACGGGCAUGAAGGGGCAGAUCCUGGUGAACGGCCGGCCGCGGGAGCUGCGCACCUUCCGCAAGAUGUCCUGCUACAUCAUGCAGGACGACAUGCUGCUGCCGCACCUCACCGUGCUGGAGGCCAUGAUGGUCUCCGCUAACCUGAAGCUGAGCGAGAAGCAGGAGGUGAAGAAGGAGCUGGUCAACGAGAUCCUGACGGCGCUGGGGCUGCUGGAGUGCUCCUACACCCGCACCAUCUCGCUCUCGGGGGGGCAGCGCAAGCGCCUGGCCAUCGCCCUGGAGCUGGUGAACAACCCCCCGGUCAUGUUCUUCGAUGAGCCCACCAGCGGCCUGGACAGCGCCUCCUGCUUCCAGGUGGUGUCCCUGAUGCGCUCCCUGGCGCAGGGCGGCCGCACCAUCAUCUGCACCAUCCACCAGCCCAGCGCCAAGCUCUUCGAGAUGUUCGACAAGCUGUACAUCCUGAGCCAGGGCCAGUGCAUCUUCAAAGGCGUCGUGACCAACCUCAUCCCCUACCUGAAGGGCCUCGGCCUCCACUGCCCCACGUACCACAACCCCGCCGACUUCAUUAUCGAGGUGGCCUCAGGAGAGUACGGGGACCUCAACCCGGUCCUGUUCCGCGCCGUGCAGAACGGCAUGUGCACCAUGGCCGAGAAGAAGAGCAGCCCUGAGAAGGCCGACCCGUCGUGCCCGGCGCACUGCGUGGCGGACGUUGACCACAUCGAGAGCCACACGUUCGCCACCAGCACCUCCACCCAGUUCUGCAUCCUCUUCAAGAGAACCUUCAUCUGCAUCCUGCGGGACACGGUGCUGACCCACCUGCGGUUCAUGUCCCACAUCUGCAUCGGGGUGCUGAUCGGGCUGCUCUACCUGCACAUCGGCAACGACGCGGGCAAAGUCUUCAACAACACCGGCUUCCUCUUCUUCUCCAUGCUCUUCCUCAUGUUCGCCGCGCUGAUGCCCACCAUCCUCACCUUUCCCCAGGAGAUGUCGGUGUUCCUGCGGGAGCACCUCAACUACUGGUACAGCCUGAAAGCCUACUACCUGGCCAAGACCAUGGCCGACGUGCCCUUCCAGGUGAUCUGCCCCAUCGCCUACUGCAGCAUCGUCUACUGGAUGACGGGCCAGCCCCCCGAAGCCACGCGCUUCCUCCUCUUCUCCGCCCUGGCCACCGCCACGGCCCUGGUGGCUCAGUCCCUCGGGCUCCUCAUCGGAGCUGCCUCCACCUCGCUGCAGGUGGCCACCUUCGUGGGCCCCGUCACCGCCAUCCCCGUCCUGCUCUUCUCGGGCUUCUUCGUCAGCUUCAAGACCAUCCCCACCUACCUGCAGUGGAGCUCCUACGUCUCCUACGUCAGGUACGGCUUCGAGGGCGUCAUCCUCACCAUCUACGCCAUGGAGCGCGAGGACCUGGAGUGCCUCGAGGACUUCUGCCCUUUCCAAAAGCCCAUCAAGAUCCUGCAGGAGCUGGACGUGGAGGAGGCCAAGCUCUACCUGGACUUCCUCAUCCUGGGCAUCUUCUUCGUCAUCCUGCGGCUCCUGGCUUACCUGGUGCUCAGGUACAAGGUCAAGUCAGAGAGAUAA